UACAAAGUGUCAUAAUUUGUUUAAUGAUACGAAAGGAUACUAAUAAAAAAUAAAUAAUAUGACGAAUUUAUGCAGAUUAUGUGUUAGUACUGUAGAUCCAUCGAACGCAAUUGAUAUAUUUAAAGAACAUUAUAAAAAGAACUUAGAAAUAAUUGAAUCUGUAAUUGAUUUUAAGCUCGUUGAUUCUUUACCACAAUACAUUUGCUUAAUUUGCGAAAAUAUGGUAGAGGAAGCACAUAAAUUCCGAAUACGAUGUAAAAGAGCUCAACAAUAUUUUAACAGCCAAAAGUUUAAAGUAAGAUGUAACAAUGCGUUAUCACCUCAAGCAGACUUACUUACUCAUGAUGAUGUCAUUGAAGACGUUAUUGUGAAGGAUGAAUCUUCUGAAGUUGAAUAUGUUUUAUCAGAUAUAACUACAGAAACAGAAAGCAAAUAUUGUGACACAAAUGAAUACGAUUCAGAAACAAAUACUAUUGAAGAAGUUACGAUUGACGAAGCGGAAAUGGAAGUGAAAAUGAGUGAAGAUAAAGAUUUUAUUGAUAACCAUGCAGAAAUAGAUGAUGUUGAAAAUAAAAAUAAAGAAGAUGAUGAUAUGGUUAUAAAACAAAUAAUUAAAGAAAUAGAGGAUGAGAAAAAAAUUUUUAACGAAAAUAAAAAGAAAAAUCAAAUAUUGCCAUAUAUGUGUGAGAGGUGCGGUCAUUCUUUCUCAAGUUGGAACCAAUGUCUCGCACAUAUGCGACGACAUGUCGGAGACAAACCAUUUCAUUGCACGUAUUGCCCUAGCAAAUUUGUUACGAAUACGGAACUUAAACGUCAUGUUCGCACACAUACUGGUGAACGUCCAUACAAAUGUAGUUACUGUGAAAGCAGCUUUUCCGAUUUAUCAACAAAAGUUCAGCAUGAAAGAUCUCAUACAAAUGAACGCCCUUAUAAAUGCAAACAUUGUGGUAAAGGAUUUAGAUCAACAGACCGUUUAAAGAACCAUGCGCUGAUACACACGGGUGAACGUAACUUCAGUUGUACUAUCUGUGAUAAAUCAUUUCAACGUCGAACCCACUUAACUGCUCAUAAUAAAUCGAAGUCACAUAAAAAAAAAGUAUCUAGUACAUAGCUUGGUGUAUAAAUACCAAAUAUUACAACCCUUUUAAAAUUUUUUUAUUUAUAUUUUUUCUUACAUUUCUUUAUUCCUAAUGUGUUAAUAAUGACACGACUUAAAUUUUUAAAAAGUAUUCUAUUUAUUUGAUAUAAUAUGUAUUAAUAUAAAUUAAGUUUAGAAGUGGGUUCUGUGCUUAAUAUACUGUUAAUGCUGGAAAUAUGUUGUUGUUGUAACUUUUAUUGAAAGAAAAGAGCGGCACUUGGUCUAAAAACACGAAUGGCCUCGGACCAUAACACCAUAACACCCUUUCCUUUCUGCUUAUUUAAUAUAAGAAACAUAUAGUAUAAAAAUAAAUUAUAAUAAAUUUAUUUAUUAAUUCAAGGUCUUGUUUAUAUGAAAUAUAUUUA